AUGCUGGAACAGAUUCGUAAUCAACAGGAAUACGUAGACUCAGUCUAUGAAGAUCGUCGGCAGCUCAUAGAGGAAAAAUCCUUUGUGAAUAAAUUGUAUCAGAUGGAGAUUGAUCGACUACGGUAUAUGGUCUCGUCGUAUUUGCGCACACGUCUGCACAAGAUUGAAAAAUAUGCCAUUCAUAUUCUAGAAAAUGCAACGUUGACACAGCGACUGUCGACUAAAGAACGCAACUUUGCUCAACAAUUUGUGACUCUCUAUGAGUCGCAUGUGAACGAUCUGGUGCUGGGUAAAUUUGAUGCAGAACACCGGUCUCUUACAGCUGAAGAUAUGGUACUCAAGCCGAAUCUAGACGGCUUUGUGUUUUGUCAGGGAAAAGAUGCAGGAGGUGUCCAGUGUGAUGACAAAGGUGCAAGUUUUGUCCAGGUAACUUCUGCUGAUCGUUAUGUGCUGCGGUACCGAAGUGUCCAAGAACACGUCGAAUCUGGUGCAAUUGCGCUGAUCUAG